GAUUAAAAACGAUUCACAUCUUGGGCGCCAUUUUGGUUGCAUUUGAGGUCCCUUUUUGACACCGAGCAUGUUCGACUGUCGUGAAGGUGACCAUACGUGUACAUAAAAUCCGUCCGAAUGGCUUCGCUGCGUGUAGGGAGGAGGAUGUUCUCCGCAGCGGCGGCGGGUCCCGUCCCGAGCAGCCGCUGGCUGAGGCUGAAGAACAGCAAAGCCGGCGUGUGGGUCCGCGGCCUGGUCUCCGACUACAUAGCGGCGUGUCGGGAGAUCGUGGUGGGUUCUUGGGAGCGGCCGCUCAAAGCCUCUGCGUAUGCCUCGGUGCUGGCCGGGGCCUGGGCCUGUUCCUACACGCGGCCUGACCGCUCGUCCUUCGAAGCCACCCUGCUGGAGUAUUCCAACCGGCUGGGCCUGCUGUCCCCGUGGAUCCGCAGUGGGACCACUGACGGCCACGUGCAGAGUCUGGUGAAGCUUCGUAACGAGGGACGGCUCCGCCAUGCCAGCCUGGGUGUUCUCUCUCUGGUUUACCGCUCGGAUCACGACCUAGACACCACCCUGUAUGAAGCCCAGUGCUCCAGCCUGGCCGCACCCUGGAGGGAGCUGCCUCAUCGGAUACUCGAUGUGGGCUUCGUCGGCCGCUGGUGGGUCCUCGACUCAAAGAUGAAGGACUAUGACAUCAACGAGGAUGAGUUCAAGCAUCUGCCACCACACAUGCAGGUGUCGCCCCCACCCAGUGUGCAGGAGGUGGAAAGGAGCGAAAGGUUGCACAAAGAGUCCUGGGUAUCACCGAAGAUGGUGGAAGAGGAGGACGAGACAGAUGUAGUGAUCAGAGAAGAGGAGAGUGUCGGGGAAGAGGGACAAAUCCCAGCAGUGGAGGAAAAGCAGGCUGCAGCCUAACUGCUGGGUACACAUCUGGACCACAGGCAUUCUACUCAUUCCUUCGCAGUGCUGCAAUCACAAAAACAAACUGAACUGCCAAUCAAAUCCACAGCUUUGACUUUUCACUAAAAUGAUGCAGAUAUCUUACAAUAAAAUAUUUAUAAAAGC